AUGUCUUCCUACGAGGGCGAUCAGCUUAUCCUUGUAGCCAGCACUACACCUGCACUCCUGGAAGAGAAAGGGGCUGGAGACUGUGGGAUGCAGCCCAGAAAUCAGAGCUGGAAGGAAGUGACAGAUGGCCAUCAUGCCUUACCUGGAACCUGGCCAUGGCUCAUCAGCAUCCAGAUCUUCACUCCCAAGGGACCAAGGCAUUCUUGUGAUGGAGCCGUAGUGGAUGUCCGUUGGAUCCUCGCCGCAGCACACUGUUUCAGUACAAAGGAAAACUCUCUGAAAGUCUGGAAUAUUGUGUUGGGGGCCACCGAUCUUUCCAGGUUGCCAGACAUAGCCCAGUUCCGCUCAAUAAAACGAAUCAUCUUCCACCAGGAUUACAAUCCCUCCGCAAAGAUCAACGACGUGGCGUUGAUAGAGCUUGACAGCCCUGUGACGUUCAAUGCCUAUGUGCAGCCAAUCUGUUUGCCCCCUGUCAGCUUGGACUCUGAAGCCUUCUCCAUCUGUUACGUCAGUGGCUGGAAUUCAAGCGGUAUCUCCGCCGUCGUGUAUGAAGUCAAAGCAGAUAUUCUAGAGACAACGACAUGCAACAGCAGCGAGUGGUAUCAAGGGAGGAUGAAUCCGCACACGCUCUGUGCGGGUUUGCAGGAGAGGGAUAGCGACUCUUGCCAGGGGCACAGUGGAGGUCUUUUAAUGUGUAAGACAUUGCCCAAGUCACCAUACUACAUAGUUGGCAUUUCCAACUCGGAGAAGGAUUGUGCCAGGAUAGAGUACCCCAGAAUUUACACCUCCGUUCAGCAGUUCCUGGAAUGGAUCUCCAGAAAGAUGGGAAGCCAAGAGAUCCGAAAGGAGAAAGUAGACCGUAAGAUUGAGGAGAGCAGUUCCGUCUCAAUCACGGACGUCCCGAAGGAAACGGUUGUCAUACAACCCCCAUUUAUUCCUCAAGAAACAGUUCCCACACUUCUAGAUCCUCCCUAUGUUCCAGAAGAAACAACUCCUUCGCCUCCAGUGUCUCCCUUUAUUCCUACAGAGACGAAAUUCAUUCUGGAGCUUCCGCCAGUCGACGAGCCAUUUCAUAUGGGGCACAAAGCAGUCGAUAGCUCAGUGCAAUAUCGCCUCCCAAACACAACUGCUUUGCCCCCCGAAUAUGUUCCUCCAGAAGCAGAAGUCACUCUGGAGCCCCCAUAUAUCCCUCUAGAGAACCCUGAUCAUCUGGAGCCUCCGUUCAUCCCUCCAGAAGCAUCCAUCCUUGUGGAACCUCCAUACACCCUUCAGGAAACCACGGCUUCUCUAGAGCCACCCUAUACGCCCCAGGAAAUCACCACUCCUCUAGAACCUCCAUACACCCCCACGGAGACUUCUGUUCCUCUAGAAAAUCCGUACCUACCUUUGGAGACCUCUGUCAUUAUAAAAGCACCAAUCUACUACUAA